UUUCGCUCUUCGAUCGAAGAGAGAGAGAGAGAGAGAGAGAGAGCGGGAGCAAUGGCGAAGGGGAGAACGGAGAUGGAGGUAGGUGCCGAUGGUGUGGCGGUGAUAACUAUCAUCAAUCCGCCUGUCAAUCCGCUCUCUGUAGAUGUACUUCUAAGCAUGGGAGAAAAUUUUGGGCAAGCUUUGAGAAGAGAUGAUGUGAAAGCCAUUGUGUUUACAGGAGCCAGAGGAAAAUUUUCAGGCGGGUUUGAUAUUAACGCCUUUGGUCAAAAGGGCAACUGGGAGGAGCCAGAAGUUGGCUAUUUAUCAAAAGUUUUUCUGUCUGGCACUCUAGAAAGUGCUAGAAAGCCUUCUGUGGCAGCUAUUGAUGGUCUCGCCCUUGGUGGUGGUUUAGAACUCGCCAUGGCUUGCCAUGCUCGUGUAUCUACUCCUACCGCUCAACUAGGAUUACCUGAACUUCAACUUGGGAUUAUCCCUGGACUUGGAGGAACGCAAAGGCUCCCGCGCCUUGUUGGCCUUUCAAAAGCUCUUGAAAUGAUCUUGCUGUCCAAGCCAAUUAAAGGAGAGGAAGCUCUUGAUUUGGGUCUUGUUGAUGCCAUAUCUCCAUCAGAUACACUAGUGAAUACUGCUCGUCUUUUGGCUCUUGAAAUUGCUGAAUUUAGAAGGCCAUGGAUGAAGAGUCUUUACAAAACUGACAAGUUGGAACCCCUUGGUGAGGCAAGGGAGAUAUUGAACUUUGCCAGGGUUCAAUCACUGAAACAAGCUCCCAACCUGCAACACCCAUUAAUAUGUAUUGAUGUCAUUGAAGAAGGUAUAGUAUCUGGGCCUAAUGCUGGACUUCUCAAGGAAGCAAUAGUUUCUCGAGAAUUGCAAUCCUCUGAGACAAGCAAGAGCUUGGUCCAUGUCUUCUUUUCUCAACGUGCAACAUCAAAGGUUCCUGGAAUUACUGACCUGGGUAGAGUGCCCAGAAAAAUAAAUAAAGUUGCUAUUGUUGGAGGAGGUCUUAUGGGAUCUGGCAUUGCAACAACAUUAAUACUGAGCAACUACCAGGUCAUACUCAAAGAAGUUAACGAGAAAUUUCUUAACGCAGGGGUUGACCGAGUGAAAGCCAAUUUACAGAGUCGUGUUAACAAAGGAAAAAUGACUCAAGAAAAGUUUGAGAGAACAAUUUCUCUCCUUAAAGGUGUUCUUGACUAUGAGCAAUUCAAAGAUGUAGACAUGGUCAUUGAGGCUGUUAUUGAGAAUCUGUCUCUUAAACAGCAAAUAUUUGCUGAUUUGGAAAAACACUGCCCUCCACAUUGUAUCCUUGCUAGCAAUACUUCAACAAUCAAUUUGAAUCUAAUUGGAGAAAAGACCAAGUCUCAAGAUCGAAUUGUUGGCGCACAUUUCUUUAGUCCUGCUCACAUCAUGCCACUACUGGAAAUUGUUCGCACUCAUAAGACAUCCCCACAAGUCAUUCAGGACUUGUUGGAUGUUGGGAAGAAGAUUCGGAAGACCCCCAUCGUGGUUGGAAAUUGUACCGGCUUCGCUGUCAAUAGAAUGUUUUUCCCUUACACACAAUCAGCAUUGUUACUUGUUGAUCAUGGUGUAGAUCCUUACCAAAUUGAUCAUGUAGUUACCAAGUUUGGAAUGCCAAUGGGUCCUUUUAGAUUGGUUGACCUGGUUGGCUUUGGAGUUGCCAUAGCUUCUGGUAUCUCAUAUCUCGAGAAUUACCCCGAAAGAUGCUACAGGUCAAUGCUACUUCCGAUGAUGGUGGAAGAUAAGAGGACUGGGAAAGCUGUCCGCAAGGGUUUCUAUCUAUACAACGAGAAACGCAGAGCUAGUCCUGAUCCUGAAAUUAAAAAAUACAUUGAAAAAUCAAGGAGCAUAGCUGGUGUAAUUCCUGAUCCCAAGCUAAUGAAGUUAACAGAUAAGGAUAUAAUAGAGAUGGUAUUCCUCCCAUGUGUGAACGAAGCCUGCCGCAUUUUAGACGAGAAGAUUGCUGUCAAAGCCUCAGAUCUUGAUAUUGCCUCUGUCAUGGGCAUGGGUUUCCCACCUUACAGGGGUGGCUUAUUGUUCUGGGCUGAUAGACUUGGAGCAAAGUACAUAUACUCGAGGCUAGAUGAGUGGUCGAAGACGUACGGCGAUUCUUUCAAGCCUUGUUCCUAUCUGUCACAAAGAGCUGCUGAAGGCAUUCCUCUGAGUGCUGCUGCAAAUCAAGUGAAAUCUCGGCUAUGAAGACUAUCAAGCUAUUAAUUCGGAUGUGAGUUAAAUAAUAAUAAUUUAUGUGAGUUAAAUAAUAAUUUGGUCUGUGUUCUAGUCUUCUAGUCCUUGAUCAAUGUUACUGGAACUUAAAAAUACAGCAACGGUAGUUAUAUAUGUUAGUGAUGAUAUUAGGAAGUCUGACUUGGGCCAACUACUAGUUAUAGUCUCUUUGAACCAAGUGAAAAGUUAAUGGUUUUUAAUUGAGGCUUUUUUAUUGCA